AUGAGUAGAGACGAUGAUGAUCCUGGAGAAAAGGGAGAUCAGUCAAAGCCGCCAAUAGUAUCGGGUCCGUAUAAAUGGUUGACAGACUUUCACAAAGAUCUAUUGGCAGGUGCAUUGCUGGGAGGGGUAGUGCAUACAAUAGUGGCACCAGUUGAGAGGACAAAGGUAUUGUUACAAACCCAAGAGAGCAAUUUGGCUAUUGUAGGGAGUGGACGCAGGAAAUUCAAAGGGAUGGUUGAUUGUAUUGUUCGUACAGUUAAAGAAGAAGGGAUUCUUUCGCUUUGGAGAGGCAAUGGCAGUAGUGUGAUUAGAUAUUACCCUUCAGUUGCGCUUAAUUUCUCUCUCAAAGAUCUUUAUAAAAACAUCUUGCAUAAUGGAAACCAUGGUCCUCUUCUAUAUGGGGCGCCUGCCAACUUCACUGCAGGUGCUGCAGCUGGCUGUACAACACUGAUCUUAAUCUACCCACUUGAUAUAGCACACACCCGCCUUGCUGCUGACAUCGGAAGAACUGAUGUUCGUCAAUUUCGAGGUAUUUGUCAUUUCCUGACUACUGUAUACAAUAAAGAUGGGAUUCGAGGAGUUUACAGAGGGCUUCCUGCCUCUCUGCAAGGAAUGGUUGUUCACAGGAGCCUAUAUUUUGGUGGGUUUGAUACGAUGAAGGAGAUUUUAUCUGGAGAAACAGCUGAAUCUGAAUUGCCAUUGUGGAAGCGUUGGGUGGUGGCUCAGGCAGUCACAACAUCUGCUGGGGUGGUGUCAUAUCCACUGGAUACAGUUCGAAGGCGGAUGAUGAUGCAAUCUGGUCUGGAACAACCAAUGUAUCAUAGCACACUCGAUUGCUGGAGGAAAAUUUAUAGGUCUGAGGGGGUGGCUUCUUUCUAUCGUGGUGCAGUUUCAAAUAUGUUUAGGAGUACUGGUGCUGCUGCCAUUUUGGUUUUGUAUGAUGAGGUCAAGAAGUUCGUAAAAUGGGGUGGCUUGUAG